AUGUCUGGGUCUCUCCCUGGUGUCUGCACUCUGGGCUCCUACCUCCACAGCCUGACACAAUCACAGUGCUCUGUCUGAAUAUAUAACGGUCUGACAGACUCUAGUAUGUUCUACUUUAUUUGUUUAUUCUUACUUUUAAUACCACAGAGGAGAGCAGUGCAUGGUGCUGUCAUGUAUUCAUCCGCACAUAAAAAUGUGGUUAAUGGCAUUUACCGUCCUGACAGGAAAAGUUGUGUCAAGUAGCAAUCAUGCACAUGGAAACCUGGGAAUUGCUUUUGGGGUCAAAGGCCGGUCAUGGCCAAUCAGAUCCACCGGAGGGGUAUUUAAAGCCAAUUCUCCAUUUGCUCCUUGCCCUGUUGUGGUUUCAUCCUGAUGGUAAUCCGCGAGUGCGUUCCUGGUCUUGAUUUUCUGGUAUUUGACUUUGGCUUCGUUUUGACUUCCCUGAAUUCUGGUAUCCUUAACUUUUGGCUUUCCCUCAUCUUUGUGUCUGACUCUGUGUCCCCGACAUUGGAUAGUAUUUUGACUAUUCUUGGAGACGUUAAGUCCAGCCAUUCUAAGGUCCGGUUAUACGUUAUCCUUAGUCCUAGGUGUGACACAGUUCUGGGUGCUUGAUCAACUUGUAAUCCUGACAGGUGCUUGCUCUAUUUUCCUGAUGUUAGGUUGAACUUUGAAUAUCAGUUUUGUAUAUAUUAAUACUUGAUUUCUGUGUGGGCAGGCAGUGGCUGUGGCAGCCAGGGAUAUUGACCGAGCUAAGGACUUUGCCAAAACUCACAACAUUCCAAAAGUACAUGGCUCGUACGAAGAACUCGCCAAAGACCCAAACAUUGGUAAGAUACCCAGAAUAUCAUUGCAGAGAACCUCCUUUACCUAUAAUAUUUGAAUCCCAAAAUUAAGGUAAAUGCAAAGGGAGAAACAUGGGAAAUGCUAAUCUGAAAAGUGGCACUGCUGCCCGCAUUAAUUUGCAAACUUUUCAAGGCAUUCUGGGAAAAUUGUAGAAAUAGAAUUUUACAGAGGCAGUUAGAUAGAUUCUCUAGUGCAGAUCAUUGUUUAAAAUUACAUGCAAUGCAAGUUUAGGCGUUACAUAGUCUUUCAAAUUAGACACCUGUGCUAGGCUGUACAUUUUACUAUAAUAAUACUGGUUUUAAUCUAGUACAAAAUCAAAAGAGCUGGACGGCUGUAGAUUGUGUAAAAUCUUUCAAAUCCGGUUGCUUGCUUUCAUAUAAAGGCCUCGAUUUUAAUAAGCUUUUCAAAUUAUUCAAUGCUGUUAGAAAACCUGCAUGUAAGUUGUAAAACAAUUCGACUAGUUACAUUGGGAGGGUCGCAGGGCACUCAUGACAUCAUAACAACUACAGAGCACCAUAAUAGUAUUUAUUCCUUUAAAGGACCACUAUAGUGCCAGGAAAACAUACUCGUUUUCCUGGCACUAUAGUGCCCUGAGGGUGCCCCCACCCUCAGGGACCCCCUCCCGCCCGGCUCUGGAAAGGGGAAAGGGGGUAAAACUUACCUUUUUCCAGCGCUGGGCGGGGAGCUCUCUGCCUCCUCUCCUCCUCCGAUCCUCCUCCUGGGCUGAAUGCGCACGCGCGGCAAGAGCUGCGCGCGCAUUCAGCCCGUCGCAUAGGAAAGCAUUUACAAUGCUUUCCUAUGGACGCUGGCGUGCUCUCACUGUGAAAAUCACGGUGAGAAGCACGCAAGCGCCUCUAGUGGCUGUCAAUGAGACAGCCACUAGAGGAUUAGGGGGAAGGCUUAACCCAUUCAUAAUUAUAGCGGUUUCUCUGAAACUGCUAUAAUUAUGAAAAAAUGGGUUAACCCUAGAAGGACCUGGCACCCAGACCACUUCAUUAAGCUGAAGUGGUCUGGGUGCCUAGAGUGGUCCUUUAAGAUCCACAUCCCCAGAACAUCAGGAAAACUGGUAACAGUGGGUGCUUUGCUGUGCCAAACGAUCAUGCGGUGUAUCAAAUUGGUUCUGUCCUCUCAUUCCAAAAAUUUAUUUUUCUCUAGAUGUUAUCUAUGUUGGCGCUGUGCACACAGUCCACCUGGAUUUGGUGCUUAUGUUCAUGAAGAACCAGAAAAAUGUCUUGUGUGAAAAACCAUUGGCCAUGGACUGCACAGAGGUCAGGGAGCUAAUAUCCAGUGCCAGGAAACACAAUGUAUUCUUAAUGGAGGUGUGUUUUGGUAUAUAAUUGUUCUUGUCUGCUGUCAUUUGCAUCAUGACGAAGUGCUGACUUUUUAAGAAUUGAUCUUUAUUUUUAAAUUAAAUCAGAUCUGUCCCUUUUUGGGUGUCUGCAAAGUUUACAAAGACCCCUGGCGGUCACAUCUCUAGUUAGUGUCCCGUGGCCAUGGGUUGCCGUGGAAUAUUGCCACCUUCUUCGUAGAGGAAUUCUUUGGCUCCUGGUGCCUGAUUUGCCAGAAGCAUGUAAGUGCUGUACUCAUACUUGCGUGAGAGUACAACACUGAGGUCUAUGGAGAAUUCCCCCCAAAACUGCAGGAGCCUCCAAAGGUGACGGUUUAAUCCAACAGCCUUUUUGUCAAUCACAGGUUUUAACCUAAAACAAAGUAAUUCCUCCUUUGUCUUUUAUAUAAAGGGAACUUGUCACUUGGGGAUUAAGAGGGGGGAGGGGUUCUACUCUCCUUUAGAUAUUGUUCUGUUAUCUAUUUUGAUUGCAAAAGAACACAUUCACAAGGUUGUCUAUUGUCUCUCUUCAAAUGUCCACUUUGGUGAACAGGCAGUCUGGAGUCGCUUCUUUCCUGUGUAUCAUCAAAUCCGUUCCUUGCUAACCCAGAAUGUUAUUGGAGAAGUCAAGAUUGUAAGAGCAGAGUUUGGCUUCAAUUUGUUACACGUUGAAAGGGUAGUGCAAAAAGAUCUUGGCGGAGGGGCGCUACUUGACAUCGGCUGCUACUGUAUCCAGUUUGCGUUAAUGGCAUUUAAUGGAGAAAAACCAGAGUCUAUCACAGCAAAAGGCUUCCUGCAUGAGACCGGUAAGUGUUUCCCCCAGUAUGAAAAAAGUUUCACACUGUCGCCAAAGGAAAAUAUAGAAAGGAAUUUAUUGUAUUCUUGGUGAAUAUGUGAAAAGCUCUUUAACAUUUAAUUAAUCAAUGAAUCCCACAACGGAAACAUUAACUGCAGGAUAUUAAAUGUCAACUUUUUUUUUGUAGGAGUGGACGAGACUGUGACAAUUAUCAUUCAGUUUGCAGGAAAGCGUCAGGCCAUUCUUACUUGUUCUAUAGCUGUAGAACUGCCAAACCAGGCUGUAAUUUCUGGCACCAAAGGAACUAUUCAGGUAUUAAGUUUUAAUAUAUGAGGAUAGAUUCCGUAGAAGUGGGUAAAACCCAGAUUGUUAUUAUACAGAAAAAAACCUCAAAGGGAAAACUCUGGUCACCAUAAGAACUUAAUCAAUGAGGUUAUAACAUAUUAUAUACAGUAAUAUAGUGAGAAUUCAAAGUGAAUUUUAAAUUUAAGGCAAAAGUAGAUAAAACGGAAGCGUAGCUGAGUUACAUCAUUUUUCCAUUUGGGCUUUUUUGACUUUUUUAAUUUGAAAUUCACUUUAAAUUCACCUUGAAUUCUCACUUUAGUGAAUAACCUCGUAAGUACAAUUUAUUAGAGAUCACAUUUUCUACGAGUUAUUGUAACAUAUCGGUCCAAUGUGCUUACCUUUAAUUUGACCCGCAUAUUUUAAAGAGGAGUGCAUAUUAACUGGUAAGUCUGUUACAGAGAGGCCACAUGGUUUAUUCGUUAAAGUCUAAAUGCUCCACCUCAGGGACCAUUGUGACCACUGGAGCACAAAUGUUAACUUUGCAGAGGAAGCAAUAUAUCUGGAUAAUUCAAGGAACACACCACCAUAACCACUACAGUACACAUAACCUUUAGCAUGCACAGCUAGCAGGACACUACUGCAGAUUUCUGUAGUUCAUAAAUGUGAAAAUUAUCUUUAGAAAAGUAUUUUUUAUUUUUUUAAUCAAAUUUUCUAAAUCUGGACUACAUGGAGACUUUAAAGAAUUAGCCCUAUUUUUAUAUUUCUUUUUACCUAUCAGAUACCUUCUUUUUUUUGGUGCCCAACAUCUCUCAUUGUUAAUGGAAAGGAAACAAAUUACCCAGUUCCACCUACUACAAAGUACUUGCAUUUCCUUAACAGCACAGGACUGAGCUAUCAAGCAGAACAUGUACGUCAGUGUCUUUUAAAAGGUAACCAACAUUAAAGUGGCUAAUGCCAUAUCUUGCUAUACAUUGUUUUUGUUUGUUUUUUAAUUCUUAUUUUUGGUGCAUAUGCAAAACAUGACAGAGUUGCCUACAAUGCCACGACGGCUCUUGUCAGCAUUUCAAUGAGCAUAUAAAAACAGUGGUUAGGCAUUGCACUUUUAUAGUAUAAGAUAGUGUGGGCUGUUGUGUGGUGCCAGUUUAGGGAGCUCAUCUCAUUGGGGGGGGCUAACUAUUGAUUUAUUGUCAACUUGGCUAACUAUUGGGCUAAGCGCUCGCGGGUGGGUGACCCUGGGUGUUCACAGAGUCUGCAGGCUGCGCUAGUCGGGGGGUGGUCGGGCUUUGCAGAGGUGGGGUAUAGGAGUAUCGCCUGGGUUGUCCUGAGGCUUAGAUAGGGUGGGGGGGGGGGGGAGCGUUGGGCAUGUAUCAGUCGGGAAUGGGCUUAGGUUGUCCGAUCUGGAUGUGGGUAGCCUGAUAGGUGCGGAGAUAUGUUGGCAACAUUGGGUGGGUGUUAUGGUGGAGAUAGGGUAGUAUCCCAGGGAGUCAACCCAACACCUCUGGGACUGGCCCUCAUUGGAGUCAGGUCGUGGCCCCGGCUCGAGAGGGUGAAGCAUUGUCCCUAGGUACAAAGUCACGGGUGGCCGCAGGGGCCCAGCCAUGGGAGUUUGUUGGGCCUAGCGAGGCCGGGGUAAGCCAGUGCCUGCAGAUGGUUUGUUGCAUCUGGCAGGUCUCGUAUGGUGAUGGUGGUUUGGAUCAGCAGCGAGCGAGCCUGGCUCCAGCGGUAGCUGAUGGACUUCUUGCGUAGGAGGGGAGGUGACUGGUCGAAGUGACCCUCGCCAGGCAAGGGUUCCCCCAGAUAAAUCUGCAAAGAAGGUUAUGGACAUCCCUUCGAAGAUAUAGGGUGAUUGCCCCCUGAUGGCUGCCAGCACGGCUGCUUUGUCCCUAAUACUCUGGAAUUGCAUCACCAAGUCACCUGGUUCUGCGGUUGGUGCUUUGGCUGGUUUAGGAAGUUGGAAUAUGCCUUCCAGUAGCAUUGCCUUAGCCUGCUUUGGUGUGAAUAUGUCUGUUAGGAGGCUUCUAGCAAAGUGUGGGAGUUCUUCAGGCGGAACUGUUUCAGUGACUCCUCUAAGUUUUAGAUUCUUCUGCCCGCUCUUGUCUUCUAGGGUAUCAAAUAUGCUUUCAUAGGUGGUGCUCUGUUGUGUGAGCUUUUCCACUCUUUGUGUUAGCUCUCUGAUUUGUUGUGUGUGUGUGGUCUUGUGUUUUGUGUUCCACCUCACAAAGGCGGCCUCUCAGGCCCCGCAGCUCCUCCCGAAUCAAGCCACAACCGCUGAGAUUUUCACUUGGAGGUCCGCCAUGAUCUCCCUGAUGGCCGCUAGCGUCACCGGACCGGUGUCGGGUGUCAGGUGCAGGGAUGCUGGUGUGAGGUCUCCCUCCUCCUUCUCCAAUGCCCUGUCGGAGAAGUCACAGCAGCCUCCGUGGAGGGAGGCCAUCUUGGUCUCCUGGGCGGCAUGUGCCUGCCGCCAGAGGUCUCCGAUGCUCUGCCCCUGCCGGGGUCGAUCAGGCUUUAGCUUUUUGGUUUUCUUGCCCAUGGGGUAAGUGGUGGGGACUUCUUGGGUACCUCUUGGUCGUGGGUCAUCUCUAUUUUUAUAGUUUUGUCCGUGGUUUAGCCGGAGCUCAGAGGCCAUGCGACUGUCCGCUUCUGUGGUUAGGCCGACUCUCGCUAUAUAUUGUUUUUAACCACCUGUAAGUGAGGAGGCAUGUUUGGUGUUGCAGGGUUGAAGGAAAGUCCAGUUAUGAGCUUAGCAGAGAGUGAGUUCUUGGCCAGCAUUAUGGAAGAAGUUCACAAGCAACUUGGUGUUACCUACCCUCAGAACCGACACUGAAAAAUCUGGAACACGGAAUGGGUUAAAGAUUUAAGGUAAACUAGUACAUUUAAUUAAAAAGACAAUAAUCAUAUUUAGAUGUAAAUAUAAAAAAGCAAUGGUGCUGUGAUUAGUAGAAUAAAGCUUGUUUUUCAAACCAAAAUUUAGCAUGACAGAAUUUUAUAAUUUUAAGUCCAGAUAUGAAACCACUGGGUUAUUCACUAUAUUUUUUUACCUGUUCAGGAACUGCAAAAGUUAAGACAAAUAUUGGGAAAAUGAUCAAAUUAUGCUGUAUCUCUGAGUUCCCCAAAAAUUAGUUUAGUGCACAAGCCUGCUUGUUUUGGGCACGAUUAUACCAAAAAUUAUACAUAGAGAGCCUCCAAAAUGAAUUCACAUGUCUGCACUUUGGAGUCACUUUUUUUAAUUUAUUUUUUUGGGAGCUUUGAAAUCAAAUAAAAACUGUGUAUGGAGCCUUUAAUUUGUUUGUAAGUGCUUUCUGUGUGACAAAUGUGUUCACUUUUUUUUAUUUAAUAAAAGUGACGAUUUCCUUCAAGUGAACUACACCUCUCUAUCAUUUUUCUCAGUUUCAAAAUCUCUCUGUACUUUUGGCUCAUUAUUUCAUGCUCUCUGCUACAUUCUCUUAUCUCAAGCCUUGCACUCAUAUCUCUGUUCUCUCUCUACUCUAGUCCCUACCACUCUCAGCCAAGAUCCCAUCUAUACAACACUCACCUUCUGUCAUUGUCUGUUUUCCUCCUGCUUCUAGCAAUAGGUGGUAUAGCUCAAGUACAGGAUCCUUCACCUCCCAUGCUCGCAGUAAUGCAUACAAAGCCCUAUCAAUCUCAUCCUAGUACCGUGCCAUUCCUCUUCAACUACCUCUCUGUUCUUUGUGCACUCUAGAAUGCUGGCUUCAUGCUCUGCAAACUGAAAUUUACAGCUAUACAUAAUUUCUUCAUUUCUAACUCUCACCUUUCUGGUGCUCACGGAGACCUGGUUGUCCCUUUCUGAUGGCUUAUCUCCAGCUUCUCAACUGCCCAGCUCUGUAACCUCCCUCUAUAACUCAAACAAACAAGUCGUAAGAGAGUGCUGAGGACGGACAACAGCUCAAUUAGCCUGCCCUUCAGUGGAUCCCUGCUCAUUUCUCAAACUGGUUUUAGCUCAUCUUGUGCCAUUACAAAGAGAACCAGACCAUGCAUCUCAGACUGAUUCCACUCAAAAGGGCAGAACAGAUCCAAAAUACAGGCCGGCUCUCUGUGCACGAGAGAUACAGCAACUCCAUACAAUCGUUUCAGUCUUGUUAGGUAUCAUCAGUAAGGCAUAGCUGAUAUCUCUCUAGGCACCGUGAGCAAGGGGUCAACGUCUGGAUUACCCUUUAAGCUUAAAGAGAGCAAAAUAAACAAGUCGCAAGAGAGUGCUGAUGAUGGACAACAGCUCAAUUAGCCUUAUUAUUAUUAUUAUUAUUAUUAUGUUAUUUAUAUAGCGCAAUCAAAUUCUGCAGCGCUUUACAAUGGGUGGACGAACAGACAUGUAGUUGUAACCAUACAAGUUGGACACACAGGAACAGAGGGGUUGAGGGCCCUGCUCAAUGAGCUUACAUGCUAGAGGGAGUGGGAUAAAAUGACACAAAAAGGUAUAGAAAAGUAUUAGACUAGUGACAGUUGCAGAAGAGGAAUCAGUUGGGAGCUAUUAACAGUUUAAUUGAUAUGCUUUUAUGAAGAAGUGGGUUUUUACGAUUUUUUGAAGGAGUGGAGACUGGGUGAGCAUCUAACGGAGGAGGGAAGCGAGUUCCACAGGAACGGUGCAGCCCUCGAGAAAUCUUGAAGGCGAGCAUCAGAGGUGGGAGUACGGACACCUAUAGUCUUCAGCAGAUCGUAAGGGCCUAGACGGGACAUACUUGUGUAUAAGAGAGGAUAGAUAGGUGGAGGCAGCAUUAUGUAGCGAUUUGAAAGCAAGAACCAGAAUUUUAAAUUGAGCUCUAUAUCUUAUAGGAAGCCAAUGUAGGGACUGACAGAAGGGUGAGGCGUGGGAGGUGCGGGUGGACAGGAAGAUGAGCUUCGCUGCCGCAUUCAUUAUGGACUGUAACGGCGCAAGUUGGGAGCACGUAAGACCACUGAGAAGCAGAUUACAGUAGUCAAGGCGAGAGAACAGUGGAAUGGACCAGCAACUUAACGCCCCUACUUAACACCAGAUGCGACUAAGUCCUUUCCUCAGAACUAGAUAAAAAAAGCACCUCCUGCAUCUAAAUGUUGUAAGUGACCCCAGUUACUAAACUUACCCGUUACCUUCAAAAAUGCUCUAGAAUUGCUGAAGAAAGUCUUAUUGCACAUUUUAUUUCCUCCAUUAUACAUUUAUUCUACACUUCUACAGUUUAGCACUCUUAAAGAAAUUACUUCAACACCUUUAUAACAACACUCUUUGUACUAAACUGACCGCUUCAAACUUCGCAGUUCAUUUUACUGAGUAGAUUCCUUCCUGAAAUCAGGCAAGAGAUGUCAAAUCUCUCUACAACAGCUCCUCUAUCCUUUGCUCACUCAACUCCACUACACAAGAAGUUUUUUUUUCUUCUCUGAUCUAAAUGCCCCUCCACCUGCCUUGUCCAGCUGCCCUCUGAGAUCAUUGAGUGAGUUGUGUACAUGAGACUGACUUCCUUGAAUCUAACUCUCUGCUUAGCUAGUGUAACAGGAACCAUCCUUGGCUGAAAACAGUGUAUCAGAUCUACUGUUAGAAUGUGUGGGUGUCACUGGAACCCUUUGAGAAUAGGGUCAUAAGGGGGUAGAUUUGAUUUUGGGGCAGGGCCACAGCAGAUUCACAGGGACCUCCCUUUCUCAGCUUCACAGUCUCCUCAAAUGUCUGUCACCCUGUGCUUAUUAGGGGCACAGGAUAACCAGGAAACCCAGCCUGACUUUCCCAAACCAGACUUCCACAAACUAAUCAGCAAAGAGGGCUCCAUGUGCCGGACAGGGACAAACUUAGAAACUGUGUGGCUGUGCUGAGCAAAGUUUUGGCACAACCCUCUAAAACUUAGAUCCAUUAAAGGAUGUCCGAGCUAGAUUCGAUUAAAGUGUUAUUUUGCCAGUUAAGGUACUUGGGGUGAGCAAUCGAGGGAUACCACAUGUGUGAAUUCUACUAAUGUAUAAAUGUAUCUGUUUUUAGGGAUAUUCAGUUAAGGUGUCCUGUUGUCUGGAAGCUAAGCAAUAAUUCAUCUGGUUAUCUUCCAGACACAGAGGUGCCAGGGAGUGACCCUUUUGUCAAUGAUGAUGACCGUCUGUCACGAUUGUCUCUAUAAAAACAAGUACUUUGUGACAAUAAAGGUGUAUUUUAUCCUUUACAAAGUGUCAUGUGGUGUUUGGGGAAAGGAACAGGUCACAUCAGCGUUGUAUUCUCCAGCCAGAGGGAACUUUAAACAGAGGUACUCAGAGUACUGGAGCUCAGUUACAGGCAAAAGUUUUCUCAGCUCCUAAUAAUUUCCAUGUUCCAACACUUUUAUAUUGAUGACAAACAAAUAUGUCUGGAGACAGAGUAAGAUCAGAAGACAGUUUCCUUUCUGCUAUUUCUAAGUGGAUGGCAGUUAAUUUGUUUUAAGUCAGUUGCUCCAAAUCAGAAUUUCACAUCUUUCCUCUUUUAAACAUUGGUUCAACUAAUUAUCUCCCGGACACUGAAGGUACAAAACACAAAAUACCCCAAAACACAUAUAUUAAAGUAAAGCACAUUCCAUAAAACUCUGGAAAGUUUCUCUGGAGCGCUCAUUCUCUCCAAAAAGCACCCGGACUUGGCUAGCCUCUGAUCCGGUGCAUAGUUCCAGAGUUCUGGGUAGAGUUUCUCAGUCACCUAAAAGCACGGCGCUUUUCGUGAGUACAUUGAGCUUCCCCAAGUCCUUGUUUGAUGAAUAUUCUCCUCCUCUGUUAACCCUCCAAAGAGCGCCUUGAGUAAGUGUCCUGGGACCGAAAGCACUCUAGUUUUAGCGUACUGCCAUGACUCUGCGAUCCGCUUCAGAGUUCCAGGACGAUUAAAAGUCGCUUUCAGUCAGGUGCACCGUGUCUCAGGGACUCCUCUGGCUCAUGGUAGGCGGUUCUGGACAGGUAGAAAAGUGCAAUGGGCUGGGAGACAUGGGCUGGUGGGUUAGUCCUUAGUGUUAUAGUCAUUUUAGUGGGGGUGGAGGGCUGCCGUGCCAUGUACCCAGCUUAGGCGAGCAGAGGGUCUGUGACAUAACUUAUAAAAAAUUAAAAAAAAUAAAUAGACUCUUAAAGGUGCACUAUAGUCACCAGAACAAGUACAGUUUAAUGUAGUUGUUUUGUUGUGUAUAGUAUGUCCCUGAAGGCAUUUUCAUGUAAACACUGCCUUUUCAGACAUAUUCAUAUUUUAUUCAGAGAAAAUACAGUGUUUACACUGACUGCAACUAAACGUAACUAGGCAGUAAUCAGACAUUUAGUGUCUCCACACUCUGAUUCAGUGUAAACUAUGAGGAGAUGCUGAAUGGCACAGCAUGGCAGCCUAUCAAUGCCUUACACUGGGUAAGCAUUUGCUAAGAUCAUCAGUUUUGAUUAUCUCAGCCAAAGGAGGCGGGGCGUAGAUGGGGCCAGCCGUGAAAAGACCGAAACUACCUUUUUCACAGGAGGCAAGAGGGGAACUGGAUACCUAAACAUUGUUUUCUCUCCUAUAGAGUCAGGAAUAAACAUUUGGCUUAAAGGAACACUAUAGUGUAUGAAUGCAAACACUGGAGCCAUGGCGCACAAUUAAGAAAUCACUAGGUUUGUUAGCGAAGACAACCCUCUUUUUCAAAAUUUAUAUUUUGGAAUCUACUACUGAGGACAUAAUUUGAAUUCUUGAAAAAUUCAAAGGUAUAAUUCUAAUAUUACAACUUUUUACAAGUUGCACUAUUAAAUUCCUUUUCCAGUUCAAAAAAAAUUGUUUAUCUAAUUCAGAGAUAUUAAAAUAUGUAAGAAUAAAAAUAUUUUAUAAUGGAUCAAUUGGCUUUACUGUCCAAAUUAGUGAAGAUAUUUAAUUAUUCCAGAAUUGGAAAACUCCUCACUAAGGUGGGAGAUCUAGUCAGAACUUCUGAUAGUACAGUUAAAAUAUCACACAUUUCUAAAUGGGGAAAAAGAGCUAGACACUGACCAGGGCCAGUGAAAGACAAUUUUGUGCCCUAGACAAGACCAUCUACUUGCAGCCCCUUCCCCACUUCAAAAAAAAAAAAAAAAUUGCAAACUUUGUCUCUUUUUUUUUUUGCUCCUAGUGCCUUUGCAUUUCUCUAAUCUCUCCAUGUGUCUCUUUGUCCCCGCAGCUGCACCGUGUCUCUCUGAUCAUCAACAGCUUCUUCUCAUCCUCCGCAAUAUUGGUCUACAAGAUACUGCACUCUCCUGGUGCUCCUCCUACCUCUCCCAGCACUCUUUCACUGUUUCUUUCUCUGGCUCUGCUUCUUCUCCCCAACUCCUCUUUGUUGGUGUUCCCCAAGGAUCAGUCCUUGGUCCCCUACUGUUCUCUAGCAAUACUGCCUCCCUUGGUAAACUUAUUCGCUCAUUUGGCUUCCAAUAUCAUUUCUAUGCAGAUGACACACAAAUCUGUAUCCUCUCCUGAUCUCUCCCCGUCCCUCUUGACUAGUGUCUCUGACUGCUUCUCUGCUGUUUCUAACUGGAUGGCUGCCCACUUCCUUAAACUCAACUUGACCAAAACUGAAAUGCUGGUCUUUUCUCCCUCAAGUGUUGCUACUCCUGUGUCUCCCUCCCUCCAAAUCAACGGUGCUACAAUCAGCUCCACCAUGCAGGCUAGCUGCCUAGGUGUUCUCUUUGACUCCGACCUCUCCUUCACGCCUCAUGAUCACUCUAUCACCGAAUCCUGCCGAAUCCUUCCAUCUCAAAAACAUUUCGCGCAUCCGACCCUACUUAACGCCAGAUGCGACUAAGGUGUUGGUCCAUUCAACUGUACUUACUGCCUUGACUACUGUAAUCCGCUUCUCAGUGGUCUUACAUGCUCCCAACUUGCACCGUUACAGUCCAUAAUGAAUGUGGCGGCGAGGCUCCUCUUCCUGUCCGCCCACACCUCACCCUUCUGUCAGUCCCUUCUUUGAGCCCUGUAAGAUAUAGGGCUCAAUUUAAAAUUCUGGUUCUUGCUUUCAAAUCUCUACAUAAUGCUGCUCCCACCUAUUUAAAGGUAUGACCGAAAUUAAAUUUCCAAAUAUUUCAAUUAAAGGAUACUUGUAUGUUAUCUAUACUUAUUAUAAAAGAAAGAUUAAAGUAAAAAACAAACAUUGAAUUGUCUAGAGACUUACUUUUCUAUAAAUUAAUACAUCUUGUGUCAUUUAACAUCAAUGCCCAUAGAAUGUAAGCUCAUUUGAGGAGUGCUCUCAGCACCUUCUGCUCCUAAAAGUCUAACAUGUCUUGCUGAAACUACUCAUCUAUCUGCUUGUACAGCAUUGCAGAGUAUGUGGCACUUUAUAAUUUAAAUGGAGUAUAUUUUAACAGAAAAUUCUAUUUUAUUGAUAUGAGAACACACGCUAUCACACCAUAAGUAAUCUGUAGAUUAUGUGCAUCAAAAAGGUACAUUUUUAUAAUUGUACUCUCUUUUCAAUAGGUCUGAAAGUACCAGAUUUUCUUCCUAAAAGAUAAAUGGCUGUCUGCAAACAAACUCAGUUCAAUAAACUUGUUCCAAUUGAUCGGU